CUGUGCGGAUGUCCGUUACGUUUCUGUUCUCGGGCUGAGUGUCACACACACACAGAGCGGGACUGCGCUCCCAAAUAAGUUUUAAACACACAGCUACCGAGCGAAGCGGCUCGCGCGGAGGCUCCGACACCGACACGAGCCCCCCAGUCUCCGGUACACCGGCAGAACCGGGUCUAACCCCCGUCGAACCGGGAGCUCCAGUGCUUAGCGGCUCCGCGGGGCCCGGCGAGGCGCGGCGGGAGCAGAUGGACGCUGCACCGGCCAAGGCGAAGCCGCAGGGCCGGCUCCUGGUGUCCACCCAGCUGGACGCUAAGGACGAGCUAGAAGAGAGAUUGGAGCGAUGUGUAGGAUUGGUCCAGUCGUUGACCAAUGGGCUGUCAGAGAGAGAGGCCAACGGGCUCACUGCCAACGUGUGUAAAGGUCCGGCCCAGCAUGAGGAGGUGUGUCUGGGUCUGUUCUCUCUGGUCCUCACAGAGCCGGCCCAGGCCCAGAGGUGUUACAGAGACCUGACGCUGCUCAACAGAGAUGGGAUGAACGUGGUUCUGGUGAAGAUCAACCAGAUUCUGAUGGAGAAGUUCCUCAAGCUGCAGGAUGUCCCCAGAACACAGCUGGUGUGGCUGGUCAGAGAGCUGGUGAAGAGCGGUGUGAUCGGAGCUGAUGGAGUCGUCAUGACGCUGCUCAAACAGAUCGCAGGCGGAGACAUUUCCACCAAAAACCUCUGGUUGGCUGAGAGCGUCCUGGACAUCCUGCUGGACCAAAAGGAGUGGGUCCUGAAGAGCGGGAUGCUGAUCGCCAUGUCGGUCUACACCUACCUGCGCCUCAUCGUGGACCACGGCGCUCCCAACCUGCUGAUCCUGCGCCAGAAAGAGGUCGACUACUGCAUCAGCAUGCUGCGGGAGAAGUUCGUGGAGUGCCAGAUCAUCGGCAGAGAUCUGGUUCGGCUGCUGCAGAACGUGGCUCGCAUCCCGGAGAUGGAGCUGGUGUGGAAAGACCUUCUGCACAGCCCACAGGUCCUCAGCCCUCAGUUCACCGGUGUUCUCCAGCUGCUGACUCACACUACACCGCCUCCCGGGUCACCCAUACCCAUCCUGCUGCAUCACCCCACACUGUUGGACUUCAUGUGCAGGAUCAUCCCUCACUUCUUCCCUCCGCUGGAGUCUCAGGUCCGUCAGGGAGUCUUCAACUCGCUCACCUUCAUCAUGGAGAAGAGAGUACUGGCUGGUCUCUCCCUUGAUAUCGUUGACCGAGAGCUUCGAUCGAUGCUCAGAUCCCGACUCUGCAGCUCUUCUCAACCUACUGAAGUCAAAAUGGAGGAGUCCGUUUCCAUGGAGAUGGACAACAACGUGAUGGACAAGGAGGAGGGUUGCUAUGACAGCACGGAGGCCGCCUUCAGCGACGACGAAGAGGAGGUCAACAACAAAGGAAAGAAGAGGGAGUUCCGGUUCCAUCCAAUCAAAGAGGCCGUGGUGGAGGAGCCCGCUGACAUCACACCCUGGCUCGACCAAUUAGACGACACCAUGAAGGAGAAAGUCCAGCAGCUGCAGAAAACAAGUGACACAGAGACCCAGUGUGAGGUGAUGCAGGAAGUGGUAGAUCUCAUCAUGGAGGAGGACUUUGACCCAGAGCAGAUGUCUGCUCUAGCUUCCUGUCUGGCUGAACUGUUUAAAGAUCACUUCAGAGGAGACGUGCUGCCAGACGACAUCACCGACGAGUCCCUGGAGGAGUCUGUCUCUAAGCCUGUCUGCCUGAUCUUCAGGAACCUGGUCACCAUGCAGGAGGACAACAGCGGCUUCUCUGUUCUGCUCGACAUGCUGGCCGAGUUCUACCAGAAACAGCCCAAGAUAGGCUAUCACCUGCUGUACUACCUGAAGGCCAGUAAAGCAGCCAAUGGGAAGAUGAUGCUGUACGAGUCCUUUGCCCAGGCCACAGCUCUCGGAGAUCUGCACACCUGUCUGAUGAUGGACAUGAAGGCGUGUCAGGAGGACGAUGUCAGACUGCUCUGUUACCUCACUCCCUCCAUCUACUCAGAGUUUCCAGAUGAGACGUUGAGAAGUGGCGAGCUGCUCAACAUGAUCGUUGCUGUCAUCGACUCCACACAGUUACAGGAGCUGAUGUGUCACGUUAUGAUGGGAAACCUGGUGAUGUUCAGGAAAGACUCAGUCCUCAACAUCCUCAUCCAGUCUCUGGACUGGGAGACCUUUGAGCAGUACAGCACCUGGCAGCUGUUCCUGGCUCACAGCGUUCCCCUGGAGACCAUCAUCCCCAUCCUGCAGCACCUCAAGUACAAAGAACAUCCGGAGGCCUUGUCCUGUCUGCUGCUGCAGCUCCGCAGAGAGAAGCCCAGUGAGGAGAUGGUGAAGAUGGUGCUGAGUCGGCCCUGUCACCAUGACGACCAGUUCACCACCAGCAUCCUGAGACACUGGGCAUCAAAACAUGAUGACACGCUGGGGGAGCACAUCAAGGCCCAGCUGAUCAAGAACAACAACCAGCCACGCAAGAGACAGAGUCUGCGCAGCUCCAGCAGUAAACUGGCCCAGCUGACUCUGGAACAGAUCCUGGAACAUCUGGACAACCUCCGGCUGAGCCUGAGCAACACCAAGAACAACUUCUUCACUCAGACUCCGAUCCUUCAGGCUCUGCAGCACGUUCAGGCCAGCUGUGAUGAAGCACACAAGAUGAGGUUCAGCGACCUGUUCGCCCUGGCCGAGGAGUACGAGGACUCUCAGGCCAAGCCGCCAAAGUCCCGCCGGAAGGCGCCGGCGUCCUCGCCACGCUCCCGGAAAGGAGCCGCGCCGCCCACCAACGAAGAAGAGAGCGCCUCCAGCAGCGCCUCGGAGGAGGAAGACUCGAAGCCCAAAGCUCCGAAGAGGAAGAGGAAAGGCUCGUCGGCCGUGGGCUCUGACAGCGACUGAUCUGACCACGGAGACCGUCAGCCAAUCAGCUCGCUCCGGCUCCAGAAGAGGCCCCGCCCCCUCCCGACGACACGCACUGACCGCCGCGGGGGGGGGGCUCUGAGACGCCGCAGACUGUUUUUAAACCCGUGCGGCGAACUGACUUUCACAGGACGAGACUCUCACGCUGUUUCCAUGGAGACGGGGCUAAGAAAGGUCACCGCGUGGCUCCCAUGUGGCUGUUUUUUUUUCCCACAAUGCACUUUGAGGAGGAAACCACGAACUUUUGGGAACCGACAGAUUUUAAUACUGGGAAUGUGAUGAAGAUGAUGAUGAUGAUGAUGAUGAU